AUGAGUGCAGAAGCAGAGGGGUACAUGGCAAUUGCAGUUGGAAAAGAUGGCCACACCCAUGGGUGCAUAACAAACACUACCACCUGCACCUGGAAUGACCUACGCUGUGGUGAAGUGUACACCGUUAACGUCAUUGCAUACGAAUACACAUGCAACAGUGUGCCGAGUAACAGCACAACAAUUCGAAUGGCGCCUUGUAUACCACAAUAUUUGAAAUCAUCUUUUAACUGCUCUACAAAGGUGGGAUCAUUGAGUUGGAAUGCGAGUGAAACGGCUGAGUUUUACAUCGUAACUGCAGAAACCAACAAUGGCCACGUAGUGAAGCUCAGCACCAACGAUACGUGGACUUACAUUUCAGAGUUUCACUGUGGUCAGGAGUAUUUCCUGUCUGUUCAGGCAGUAGACGCAGUAUGUACAAGUCGACCCAGUCAGGCUUCAAUCCUUUUGUCAGAGCCAUGUAGGGCCACUAAUGUCUCCAGCACCAUGAACUGCAUCACCAAUAUUGCUAGGGUGUCGUGGACCAGCUCUGCUGGGGCCCUGUUCUACACUGCCAAAAUAACGACAAUAGAUGGUCAAUCAAACAACUGCACCUCCCUCAGCAAUCAGUGUGCCAUGUCUAAUGUCCCUUGUGGGCAGAACCAUACAGUGACUGUCACUGCCUCAAACAAGAUCUGUGUCUCUGAACCCAGUAAGGCUGACAUACUGCAGUCAGCUCCUUGUAUUCCUGCUGAUGUGGGAGUAAAAGUGGACUGCUCCAAGAAUCAGGCAGUUGUGUCCUGGAGUAGCAGCAGAGGGGCUCUGUCUUACAAAGUGGUGGCACUGAGCACACAGGGAGCCAAGUCCACCUGUGACACUAAAGACACAAAGUGUACUUUGACCACCCUGAACUGUGGACAAGAAUAUUAUUUCCAGGUGACAGCAGAGGACAAUAUCUGUUCAAGUUGGCCAAGCUCACGUGUUUACUUCAAAUCAGUUCCCUGCACGCCCAAAAUUGGCUCUGUGGUUUUGGACUGCUACACCAGCUCAGCCCUUUUGGACUGGUUGAAUGCUGAGGGGGCCUUGAACUACACUGCAACUGCACGCUCCUCCAGUGGCCAUGUUUCAACCUGCACCACCAAUGACACCAAUUGUGAGCUGCAGAAUCUGCAGUGCAGCCAUACUUAUGAUGUGACCACUGUGGCCUCUGAUGAUCAGUGCAGCAGUCCACCAAGCACUAAGCUGCAGGUGGAAUCAGCUCCUUGUGCUCCUGGGGAUGUUGUGUUUAUGUUGGACUGUGACAGUAACACUGCGCAGGUGGAAUGGCAGCCCAGCUUUGGUGCCGAGUACUAUGUUGUCCAAGGCUUUGGUGUGGAGGAACAUGAAACUAGCUGCGAGACAAAUUCCCAGUCCUGCGUCCUGUCCGACCUCAAAUGUGGCUUCACCUACAACAUCAGUGUGAUUGCUGUGAACAGCGUGUGCAAUGUGUCUCAGAGUGAUGUUGAACAACUGCAAGCAGUACCUUGUGUACCGGAUCAGGUGAAAACUCAAGUGGAUUGUGAGUCUGGCGGGGUGAUGGUCUCUUGGGAGCCGAGCAAAGGGGCCUUGUCUUAUACCACAGUCGCUCAGGGCAGCGGCGGCUCUGCUUCAUCAUGCAACGGCAGUGAGACAACUUGCCGGUUAAAUAACUUGCAGUGUGGCCUCAACUACUCAAUCGCUGUUAUUGCUUCGGAUGACAUGUGUAGUAGUGCUGGAAGCUCUGCUGUGAACCUUAACACAGUGCCAUGUGUACCGCAGAAAGUAACAGCAAGGAUGAUGUGUGAGAAUAACACAGGUGCAGGCUUUCGGUCCUGA